AUGAUUCUCCGCUUCCGCUCGCCAGACGGAUCGUACCGUGUUGAUGUGCAACCUGGAGACACCGUGACUUCCCUCAGAGCAAAGCUACUGGAGCAAGUGCCGAAAGACGCCGACCCGAAGAGUUUCAUUCUCUCCGACAAGCCCGCGAACGGCCAGACCAGACCACUUGCGGACAUCUUGACCCACUCGAUUCAGUCUUUGGGUUUGAAACACGGUGAUCUGCUGUACCUCAGCUACACCCGUGGAACGGCAGCAGCAGCGCCGACGAAAGCUCCUACGUCCACAGCUACUAGUAUACGACUAAACGGUCAGCCCAUCAAGCCCUCGGAAGAUGUCUCGCAUAAGUACACCACUACCACGGCCGGUCUCGCCGAACACGACAUCGAGAGAUCAUCGGACCCGUGGGAGAGCGUGGUUCAGGACCCGAUAGAUGAGGAGCUGGAGAAACUGGAGGGCAAGAUCCCGCGCACGCGCGAUCAGAAGAUGUGCAAGCAUGGACCGAAGGGAAUGUGCGACUACUGCAUGCCAAUGGAGCCCUACGACGCGGCAUACUUGGCCGAGAAGAAGAUCAAGCACCUUAGUUUCCACGCAUACCUCCGGAAGAGUAACAUUGCUACCAACCGGCCCGAGCUGAAGAGUUCGUAUAUGCCUCCGCUUUCGGAGCCGAAUUACACCAUUCGCAAGAACUGUCCCUCCGGACAUGCGCCCUGGCCCGAGGGAAUUUGCUCGAAAUGCCAGCCGUCCGCCAUCACGCUGCAGCCACAGACUUUCAGAAUGGUGGACCAUGUGGAGUUCAGUGACCCCUCGCUGAUCGAUACCUUCAUUAAUUUCUGGCGCCGAAGUGGUUGUCAGCGGAUCGGUUACCUGUAUGGAAGAUACGCGCCCUACCCCGAGAUUCCGCUAGGCAUCAAGGCUAUCAUCGAGGCGAUCUACGAGCCUCCGCAGAUCAGUGAGCCCGAUGGCGUGACGCUUUCGUCGCCAUGGGAGGCCGAGGCGGAAGUGGACGCGGUUGCAGCGUUGUGUGGUCUCCGCAAGGUCGGUGUUAUCUUCACCGACCUGCUGGACGACACUACGGGUAGUGGUACGGUCGUCUGCAAACGUCAUAUCGACUCCUACUAUCUUUCGUCGCUCGAGAUCGUCUUCGCUGCCCAGCUGCAGGCGCGGCACCCCAACCCGAGUAAGUGGUCGGAAACUGGCCGCUUCGGCUCGAAGUUCGUCACCUGCGUCGUGUCCGGAAAUGAGGAUGGUGGAAUCGAUGUAGCCGCUUAUCAAGUGUCCAACUCCGCCGUCGAGAUGGUUCGCGCGGACAUCAUCGAGCCCUGUGCGGAGCCGGGCAAGAUGUUGGUGCGUGAAGAGGACGGAAAGUCGCGAUACGUACCGGAAGUGUUUUUCAGACACAAGAACGAGUACGGCGUUAACGUGCAAGAAAACGCGAAGCCGGCGUUCCCAGUUGAAUACCUGCUCGUCACCCUGACACACGGAUUCCCGACCAGCGCAAACCCCAUGUUUAAAGCGCCCAGCAAGUUCCCGGUCGAGAACAGGGAGGUCAUCGGUGUCGCUCAAGACCACAGGGCGGUCGCUAAGCAACUAGGCGUUGACAAUGGAAAGCCCGAGGGGGGCCUCGCUGCCUUGUCCGACUUUCAUCUGCUCGCUUUCCUCAAGAACUGGGGCAUUCUUGAAAAGCGAGAGGAAGAGUUACUGGCGCAGGCUGCGACCACGAUCGAUGUGCAGCUUGGUCACAAGUUGUCGCAGUCCCCUGGAUGGCAGACACUAAUGACCAUCUUGAAGGAGAGCGGUGCGUCACCUUCCUCAUCCUCAUCCAAUUCCUCCAAGCGGCCGGCGAGCGGUGGUAGCAACAGUGCCGCCGCCGAAGAGAGAGAUGUCACCGGCAGUAGUGAUGAGCGCCUAACUAAACGAUUACGCGGUGUUAGUUUGAAGGAUAAGUUUAACAUCGUUCGGUAACCGAUCAUUCGUUCGUUUCGAGUGCUCUUAAUUUCGAGGGUGCGGGCUUGGAGGUGGAAUUGCAAUGCGUGCUUGGAAGGACUUCCCGGGGUCUGUCAUCUUUGAGUUGUUUCGCAUGCAGUCUCCGAACGAGAAUGGAAACUUUUAUUGCGAGUCGGCCUAAAGUCCCGAGUGAUUUCAAGCGAUACGUUACAAUCGGUUACCCUCUGCUUCACUAAAAUAAUCUUUCACGUGCACGGCUUUAGCGACUGUAACACCAAUAAAAUAUCCCACCGUGAAGCCUGGACAAUCUACAACCACUUCACCACACCGUCGCAAAAUGUCCACAACCACAACGACGACGACAAUGGAGCACUCGCCGCUGAUAAAGCAGCUGGCGGCCAACGGUGCGCCUUCCCC